AUGAGCUACAGUCCACUCCUUGGUGCCGACAGGCGUAACGCUGAAGCCAGCUCUGCUCUGCCAACUUCCGCGUCGAUCCGAGAUACACUCUCUGGCGCCAUCAACUCGACUAAAGCAUACCUCCAGCCAUUUGCACCAGCCUCGCCAUAUCUCGGCUCCAAUGGUAACAGUGGUCGCAACGAGCCAGGUCGUCUGCUCUCCGAUGUCGCACCUCAACUCAUGACCACUCGCAUGAUGGCCGCCGUCAGCAACUCUAACACUGCACUCGCUCUCACACCGGACGGCCAACGACGAGCACGUCUACUUCUAACACCAACUUUCUCCCUCUCCAGCCCAGCUCGAUCGCUCGUCCGCAUCGGCGGCUCUCUCGUUCAGUCAGGUAUCGGGCGAGGGCCGAUGAACGGCAUCACAUCACACGAACUUUUCCUUCUAGAGGAAAGCGACCGCAUCUUGGCCACCGUUGCUCAAGAUCUUGAGAUCAACGCUAGCUCAGACUCCAGCAACGGCUCAGACUCCAGCAACGGCUCAGACUCCAGCAAUGGCUCAAAAGCUGCUAUCCAGGGCUCAACGUCUAAAUCUGAGCCGCCCGUGUCCCUUCUACGAGGCUUCCAAGCCACCAUACCCAGCUCUACAGAAGGUCGUCAACGACGCAGGCGUGUUCGUGCUAGUGCAAGCGGCUUCGAGGAUGGUCCCCAGGGUCCGACCAAGCUCGGUCUCAAGGCAAUGGGCGACAAGGCGCGCGGACUGCUGGUAGAAGGUGUCGAGACGGAGCCCGUCUCUGCCUUCCAGGCGCGAGAGCAGCGUCAUGCACGUAGGAACCAAGCUAGUCGUAUCUUAUCCAGAGGCAAGGACGGCACACGUACUUCGACGAUCGAGCUGGAGGAGCUUGAGAGGCAGCUCAGAGAAAUUGAACGAGAGCAGGAUGACGUUGGUGUCAGGCGCACUCUAAUCGACAACGAGAUGGCAGCAGUGGAUGCCAAGAUCAAGGUCUUGGAGAAGAUCAAAGCAGGUCUUGGCAAGAAGCUGUUGGGAUUGCGCGAAGAAGAGCUCGAGCUGAACGACGAGCACGAAGGGGUUGCAGAAUUGUUAGCUGUGCAGAAGCACCUACGCGCAAUGCCAGGUGGACCAGCUGCUGCCGCCAACGCUGCUGCUUCGGGCGCAACGACGAGACAGAGCAGCAGUCGACGACGCAAAGGACCCCUCUUCAUGCCGUCAGAGCAUGACGAACUCCCAUCUGGCGUCGCUUUCAUGACGCUGGCUGAUCAUUCGGCACCGAUCACAUCGCUCGACUUCACCGAGCCGUACGGCACCUUGGUCUCCGCCUCGCUCGACGAGACGGUGCGAGUAUGGGACCUGGCAUCAGGUGACGAGGUAGGUCGAUUGCGCGGCCACGCAGGAACAGUGAAAUGUCUGCAAGUCGAGGACGAGGUCUGCAUCACAGGCGGCACAGACAAUACCAUUCGCAUCUGGGACUUGACCAAGGUGGAGAACUUUGAAGCCAGGCUUACUAUGACAGCAUCGGGAGAACUGCAGCCCAGGAGAAAGCCGCCAGAUCUGAACCGCGGUGAUGAGAGCAUGGACAGCAUCAAGAUCCGCCAUGGCGACACCACUGUGGGUGACCAAGAGGACGAAGAGGUGCGAGACGAGUUUGACCCUUGUGUCAAGAGUUUGGAAGGACACAGCAAGUCAGUGACAGCCUUGUACUUUGACGACAACUGCCUCGUCACCGGUGCCUCGGACAAGACGCUUCGUCAGUGGGAUCUCAACACGGGCCAGUGUGUGCUGACGAUGGACAUUCUGUGGGCCAUCUCGAACCCAACCUCGUCGCAAGCCAUCUCGCAAUCCGAGUUGGGCUUCCCCGAAUCAGGCUCAGGCAGAGCAUCCUCUUCAUCCAUCUUGGGCCCAACGAGACCCGAGCUCGGCUCGCGCGACUCAUUCUCGGUUCUCAACAACCUCUCUGGAGUGUUUGCAUAUCCGACGCCACCUUAUGCAGAUGGAAGCUGGGAGAUGUACCAAGACUUUGUUGGCGGAGUUCAAUUCUGGGGCUAUGCUUUGGCAAGCGGUUCAGGGGAUGGUGGUGUACGAAUGUGGGAUAUGCGAACAGGUCAAGCGCAUCGCACGCUGCUCGGUCACACAGCUCCUGUCACUUGCCUACAAUUUGACGAACACCAUGUCAUCUCGGGCAGCUUGGACAAGUCGAUUCGUAUCUGGGACCUGCGCAUGGGAAGCAUUUCAGAUACCAUCCGAUACGAUCAUCCCGUGACAGCGUUGCAGUUUGAUUCGCGCAAGAUUCUGGCUGCGACAGGAGAGAACGGUGUCAACAUCUUCAACCGUACCACGCUGCAACACGGCUCUUUGACGAUGAAUGGACACACUUGGCCGGUGGAGAGGCUCCGCUACAUGGAUCGAUACGCCGUGUCAGGUGGCAAGGACAGCGUUGUCAAGAUUUGGGCUUUGUAA